AUGGCUGGGAUUCCAAACAAACUGUACUUUUUGCCAGAGGAAGUUGGAUCAGAAGAUUACCAAAAACCAUUUAAUCCUGCUGAUCCGAGAGAAGCCGAAUAUGAAGUUCACUCCACCGAUACAGAUAAUUCUGAUGAUGAAGAAAAUGAAACCAGUGACUACCAACAAUAUUUUAACUAUGCACUUCAAACACUUGGAAUUGAUCACCCAACCAGCUGGAGAGAAAGCUUGCAUGUUUAUCAAACAUUGUUAUCUUCUGCCACUUAG